UAUUCCUUUCCCUAAUCUAGAGCAAAUAUAAGGUCCCAUGAAAUUAAAACCAUACCCCAAAAAAUAGAUUAAACCACAUCUUCUAUUCUAAUCUGCUUCAUUCAUUCAUUCAUUCUUCUUUUCCUCCAUAGCCUUAAUUAAAUUGAGAGCAUUAUUGAUAUUACCAUGUUUCCUUUACAACGAGGCAAUGAGCUGGUGAUUCAGUUUUCUAAUAGCUCCCACCAACACAAAAUCUCCCAAGAUCUGAUCCUUGAAGAUUAUGCUUCUCUUGAUGUCAAUGAUUCUGAUAAAAUAUUGUUCACAAAAAGCCAAUCAUCAAAUAAACUAUUUUAUGAUGGUGCUGCUGCUGCUGAUGAGGAUAACAACAACAACAACAACAACAACAACAACAACAAUGAUUCUAACAACGAUGAUGAUAAUAAUAAGAAGAAGAUGGUUCAUAGAGAGAUUGAGAGGCAAAGGAGGAAAGAAAUGGCUACCCUUUAUUCCUCUCUUAGAUCCCUUCUCCCUCUUCAGUUCAUCAAGGGAAAGCGUUCAAUAUCUGACCACAUGAACGAGGCAGUGAAUUACAUAAAGUACAUGCAAAAUAACAUCAAGGAACUUGGUGCUAAAAGAGAUGAACUGAAGAAGAAGAAGAAUCUCUCAAAUUAUUACCACCACCAUGAUAACAAUGAUAAACCUACAUCUAGCACUAACAGAUACUUCACUCUCCAUGAGAGUGAUAGUGGUGUUCUCGGAAUUGAAAUCACCGGUGGCGCCGCCGCCGCCGGAGAAGAAGAAGGUGUCACACUAUCAGAGAUUCUGGGGCUACUGGUUGAAGAAGAAGGACUUGAAGUUAUUGGUUACCUUUCUAGCAAAGUCAAUGGAAGAUUGGUCCACAGUGUUCAGUGUGAGGUAGUCAAUUCCAACAGUGUAGAUCUAUUUGAGCUGAGAAGGAAACUUGCAAGUUUAAUUCAAUGAUUGUUUCCAUGAUCAUCAUCAUUUGGAUUAUGUUCUCUGAUUAAUUAACUUUAAUUUGUGGUUGCAUUAUUGGAGCUAGCUAGCUAGGCUCACAGUUUAAUUUGGCUAAUGUUAGGAAUGAGAUUGAUGACAUAUAAUUAACAUUCUUGCAUUGUGGCUCUUAAUUUCUAACUGCAUCAUGAUUAGGAUUUUGUUUGGUAAAUGAUUUCUUUUAUAUUGCCACUGGCUGCGUCUUUUGAUUUCGAACUUUCAACUUAAAACUUCUUUUUCUAAUCAUUCUUUUUUAUAGAAGAAAUUAAAGUUGUACGGAUAUUGAAGAAAAAUUUUGGAGACACAUAUAUGGAAAUGAGAAAUUUCAUUUCUUUUUCUAAUCAUUAUAAUGUUAAGUGACAAAAAAAAAACAGCAAGAAUUUACCUUAUUUAUCAUUAAUUAAUUGUCGCAACAAUUAAUGAAUGCUAAAUAAGGAGUUAUGGCUGUUUUAGGCUGAUUUUCAUUUCCGCCUUUUUAUAUACAUAUACAGUUUUUUUUAGGAUAAUGCUAAGUAGACAAAAAAAAGGCCAGAACUUGCCUUAUUUAGCAUUUACUAAUUGUCGCAACAAUUAAUGAAUGCUAAAUAAGACAAGUUAUGACUGUUUUUGACUGAUUUUCUUUGGUUACCAAACAUUUCCGUUUUUUUUUUUAAUCAAAAGAAUUCAAUCAGUGACUGCAUGUAAAAAUGUAUACAGCUAAUUUAACCACUAUUAGUGUGCAUAUUGUAUAUGUUUAUGGGGUUAAGAGUUUUUAGGUGGCCUGAUUAUCAAUUUGGAUUUCAUUAUUUAGUUACGCCUGUGGAAUGGUAUUGACUUAGCUAUGAGAUAUAGUAAGAAAUUAAAAGUUAAUUACUUGAGAUAUUAUUGUUAAGUAGUAUAAACUUGUAAGUUAAACUAUUAUCUAUAUUUGUGUAUUUUUUGCUGAUUUUAGAUAAAGUUAAAUGUAAAAAAUUGAAGAAAUUUGGCUAAACACAAGGUCCAGUAUAACAAGGUACAUAUAUGUUAGAUUGUUGGUAUUAUCAGGACGGACAUAUAUUUAAAUUAAAGGAGGUUCCAAAUUUGAUUUUC